CUGCUUGGAAUCAAGGAUGUGACAUGUCACGAGUUUAAGUGAUAAUAUCAUGUAUAUUUCUUGUAGAUAGUGAAUGAUUGUGGUCAGUUUCAAUAUGGGCAACUGCCUCAGGAAAUGUUGUGGGCUGUUUGACAAACGCCGUAAGUAUCUAAAAACUAGAUACAAUGUGGAGAGGGAUUUUUCCAUUGAGCAACCACCAUAUCCAGAGUUCGAGAACUUGAUGGAUGAUGAGCCUCAGGAUGACAUGAACCGCCCGUUGACUGAACGUGAACGAUUGCUGUUGUCCCACCACCAGUAUGAUGCAAUUGUGCAUGAACAAAAACAAGUUGAUGCUGAAAUUGAUGCUAAGCUGGCACAACAGGAAGAAGAAAUAGAAAGGGAGGAGGAAGCAUAUUAUGAAGCCAAGCGCGAGGCAGCUCGCAUUACCAAACUUCAGCGGGCCAAGGAGGCCGCUGCCAAAAAGAAUGCCACCACCAAUGGUCCACGGUCCUGGCUGGGAGAUGAAGACGACUGGGAAGUUGCUGGUGGUGAGGAUGAUUUUGAGAUCUUCUUAGCAAGUGUGAAAGCACGCUCCCUCGCCGCUCGUGCACAGCUGAGGCAAGGUUCUGGUGAUGGUCAGAGUUCGUCCAGUAGUACUGCCCAUCGGGACAAAACUGAAGGGUCAUCUCUUGACCUUGAGUGGGAACAUGAAGCAGGUGUUGUUCCUCAGUUACGACAGAGGUCCUCCACAGAAGAAAACCUGGUAGGCCUUACAAAGGACAGCCCCAUGAACUCAAACGACCUUGAGUGGGACAAUGACUUUGUAAGUGCAGAAGAAUUAGAAAAAGAACAAUUGAUAUCACAUUCCAAUGUGCGGUGAUAGUGGUGUUGCUAGACAUUCUGCAAGAGAAUUGAAACCAUGCAUUUAGAGACAUACCAUUAACAAGGACCCCAGUCAAAGGUCAAGUCAAGCUGUCAAAAGUAGGUCAGUGACCUUGACCUGCAUUCAAGAUAUGACUUUGACCUAUAUAUCUCAGAUACGGAGGAUGUGAUUUCAAGCUGACUUUUACAUGUAAAUAUUCAGCAGCACAAGGAACAGAAGAAACAUUCCAGUAUGGAUAUAGGACAACAUGUGGACCAUGUAAAAUAAUCAAUGUUGUGAUGUGGCAAGGAGAACAACACUCUCAUCGCCUUCUAUGUGCCUGGCCUUGUGAACACGUGUGUACAAGCUGAUGGAUGACAUAUGACGAUUCACUGGUUGGAUACGUGCAUAUCAUGUAAUGAUAGCUGUGUGUAUAUGUGGAACAUUCUGGGAUGAACGUGAAUACUGAGCCAUGUUGUACAAAUGCUGUCUGUUUGAUGUAGGUAGUGCUUGAUGCCAGGCGACCAACCGUGUAUUCACUUGGGAGCAUCUGCUGAGUCUGAGGAUGAAUGCUGGGAUUAUUAUUAUUAUUAUUAAUUAUCAAUAUUAUAAUUAUUGUUCUGUUAAAGUGUCAUUGAUAUGUAGUGCACUGCUUCCAUGAAAGAUGAAGGGAUCAUGUUCUUAGUGUGGUCUUAAUGGGGAUAGAUUUAAGAUUGAUUUAGUAUUCUAGGGGGCCUGGAAUGUUGUUUCCUGUCCUUGCUUCAAGACAUGUUUUUAUUUCCUCUAAAUAUAUAUAGGCAGAGCCAAGCAGCCUUUGUAGACCCUUCCACCCAUGUGAGGACAUCCAGUGGCCAGAUCUUGAAAUGAAGCACUGUAUGUGAAAGGGGAACAUGUAGGGUGUGGAUCUGUCAGUGGGUAGGAUGCUGUUUGAUGUACUAGUAUUUGACUGAGUGGGGCUGGGCUGUUGUAAACCUAGAGAAGAAUGUAUGGAACAUUCCUUCCAACUUACAUUUACCUGAGGGAAGGACGUUAACUGACUGUAAAAGUCCAGUUUCCACCCUUGCCGAACUAACCUGGAUAUUUGUGGCUCGAUUGUAACACCACCAGUGGCUAUUAUGAGUUAUGUCCCUUUUAUGUCCCUCCUACAGGCCAAUCAGAUUCCACCUCUCAUAUCUCUUGCAUUUGCUUCAAACAAAAUGGCGGCACCAAGUCAAGACAAUCUGAUCAAUAAGCGCGAUCUUUAUUGUAAUAACACAGGUCUUACCAUGCAAAAUGGAUUAGAUCACUUGAACACCUUGACUAAAAACAUGAAAAAAUUUGAAACAUAUCUGUCAACGCAGAGUUGACAGUACACAUGCUUUGGAAAUCCCCCAAUCAACCAAAAUCUGCACUGAAGUUUACGAACCAGAUAUCAAUUACAGUACACGAUUUUGGUUGGACUAUGCAUAGACUUGUUCGUCAAGUCAAAAUGUAACUCCAUAAUUCCAGCCUAGUUCGGCAAGGGUGGAAACUGGACUUUUAUAGUCAGUUAAACCCCUUGCCUAGGGAAGAUGACCAGUUAAUGAUAUAUCAUAGAAAGUUCUUAAUUAUUGCAUUUCGUAGAAACUAACCAUGAGUGAUAUUAGGUGUUCUUCAUAUCGCCCAGAUGUCUUUUCAAAAUAUUGCAUUCGAUGUCAAUGAAAGUUAAAUUGAAAAAAAGAAUCUCAAUUUUUAAACAGCUUAAAAAAUGUAAUACACUACACCACUUUUGAUAAGGAUAAUAAGGAGGGGUGAUGUCCCUAUCACCAGUUGAGUGGUAUAAUGGUGGGCAACUGAUGUGUGUUGAUUUUACAAGAAACAGAUGUGGAGUUAAUGAUGGGUUAAGGGUAGAAAGCAGCAUUGAUCUCAUCUUUCAUGGCCAACUUCCAAGUAGCUCUACUCCUCUGUGACAAGAAGCAAUAGCAAAUUUAUUGUUAUCGUUGUUGACAUCUAUUAUCAUGAUUAUGAGACCAUGGUCUUAUUGCCUUUGUUACAUGUUUUUAUAUCUUUUAGAAGUUCUGAUAAUAUGUUGCUUUUUUGAAGACAAGACCACUGUAGAUCUCCGUGGUUCUGUUGUUCCUGGUAAGUCAGUGGAGCAAGUAUUAUAUUCAUCAGGAGUCUAGUUCUGUAAUCAUUUCACAUGCUCUGGUCAAGAUAAAAGGACUGCACCCAAAAUAACAUUUAACAUGUUUAAUGCCAAAUUUUGCUUUCCUUCCACAGAGCAAAAUGAUAAUUAGUCCAAUUAUUUCGCCAUGCAAACAGGGAUACA